AUGGAGAAGGACGCCGCUGUUCGCUUCGGGCCUGGCGGUCAAUACAGCAGUGGAUCGUCACCAGAGCACCGGCGUGAGUGCCCCAAGUGGCUGCAAAGGGGAUAUUGCCUGGAUGGCGAGGCCUGCAAGUUUUGGCACGGCCGUCAAAGCUCGGUGAAUGACAGAAGCUCCGGCCAGACCAAGCGACACUACAGCGUGGACAAGCUCCGCGAAAUCGGCCUCUCAUGCAGCACGCGUCUCCCCCCAGCCUCGGCGGUGCAAGCGAUGUUCUUGUACGAGUUACAGCGCGAUGUCGAGGUGCAGCAACUCUUCGACUAUGAGAUGUUCCGCCUCGCGCGUAACGAAGACGCAGUCAACAACACAGAGACCCGCCUUGACGCGGUGGAAGCCGAGCUGAAAGCCUUGAACCAGGUCGUAACGUCAAGGGAAGACGAGGAGCGCAUCGCUACCAGCAAGGCUCGCUUCGACACCCAGCAGGCCAAGCUUGAGGAUUGCAAAGCAGACCUCCAGGCGAACCAGAAUAGCAUCACCGGCCUGAGUGCCGAGGUAAAGAAACUUCAGGACGCCGCGGCUGCUGAGAAGGAGCAACCAGUCAAAGAAAGCGAGCCUGAAGCUUCAACAACCACCAUGCGGAGCGAAAUCGACACCCUCUUCGACGAGCGUGACGCUAUGCUUGAUUUGAUCGCCAACGGCCAAGCGCGCAUUGAGAAGCUCGAAGACCUGGUUCGACAGCUCACACUCCAGCACGCCACAACCGCCUCCUCGACAAGUGGCAGCUCUCCUAAAACGAAGAGUGUGUCUCCGGCACAAACUCAACGCAUCCCGCUGCAAACACCGAACGGUCAGCAUGUCGAGCUGGCCGUACCCAAAGGCACCGGUUUGACUGCCAACGGAAUUGCAGCAGCGCGAAAGGAGAAUAAGCUGCCACCACAUCUUCGCGCCUUCACUCCUGGCGAGCAGUGGGCCGCUUAG